GCGCCAGGGGCUUCCUGCUCGGCUCUGCAGUGCGCGGUGGCUCGCUGGGCCCUGGGUGGGCGGGGCCGCACCCCCGCAGUCGCCUGUAAAGGAGGGACCAGACUGCGGGUUAACUUGAGAAGUGGCGGCUCUAGGUUCUGGUGCGAGACUCCUUAUUUGUGUUGUAAAUUUGGACGGAGGUAGAGAUGGACGCUGCUCUCCUUAACACUGAGUUCUCAGUCUGGAAAGGCUGUCGUCCCUCAGAAAAAUGGUGGGGAGGUUACUACUGCUCCAGAAAAUAAAGUCGGGGGGAAAACGUCUCUGGCUCCCGUGGUUGCUGAGAAACUAACAUCACCACACAGGAAGACAGCCACAUGGGCCAAAUUGCCAAAAGACAGGAGGAGUGCCAAGAAGAGAAGUGGGAACGAUGAGGAGGAAGAAGAUAAGAACACGGAGUUGGGCCAAGAUGAGAAAGAGCCUAUCAAAAAAACACCUGAUAAAUGGAAGAAGGAGAUGGCUAAACAGAAGGCUUCCCCUGAAAUCAAAAAACAGAGAUUGGAAGGAAAUUUUGUUAUGUGAGUUUUAAAUCUGCUAAUGAUCAGGGAAAAGCCUUGAAACUUAGUGAGACAAAGGUCCUUGGGAAUGAAAUUAAAUUGAGAAAACCAAAAGGAAGGGAAGUAAAGAAAGGAUCGCCUAUGCUGACUUCAAAUCACAGGCUGAUGCAGAGAGGGCCUUGGAAGACAAGCAAGGAACAAAGAUUGGAGGGCUUGCCAUAGCUCUGGACCCUGUUGGAGAGAAAAGUCAAGGCCAAGAAGAGAGAGGCUGGAAGAACAGCACGCGGAGAAUGGGAAAACGAAAGCUAGAACAAGAAAGCCACACAUUUCAAGAAAAAUGGGAGCGAGCCUAUUUCUUUGUGGAGGUAAAGAAUGUCCCUACGUGUUUAAUAUGCAAACAAAGAGUGUCUGUGUCGAAGGAGUAUCACCUCAGACACCAUUAUGAAACAAACCACAGCAGGAACCAUGAGGGAUAUACAGAAAAGAUGCGUGAUAAAAAACUAAAUGAGCUGAAAAAAAGACUGAAAUUUCAACAUGAUGUCCUUUUGAACGUGAAUAAAAUAAGUGAUGCUGCUAUGAAAUGCAGUUACGUAUUAAGUGAGAAAAUUGCCCGGGCGUCCAAACCUUUUACAGAUGGCAAGUUUAUAAAGUAAUGUCUAUUGAGUGCCGUGGAGAUUAUGUGCCCUGAACAGAGACACGCAUUUGCGAACAUAAGACUAAGUGCUAAUAUUGUUCCGCAGCACGUUGGCGAUGUGGCUGGGAACUUACAGGACAAGUUGCGAGGAAAAGGUAAAUCAUUUGUGGCUUUCUCCAUUGCAGCUCAUGAAGGGGCUGAUGUAGAUAAUGCCCCCCAACUGGCUGUAUUUAUUCGUGGUGUUGACGAAACUUUUGAUGUGACCGAAGAGCUUUUGGACAUGGUACCCAUGACAGGCACCUCAUCAGGAAACGAAUUAUUUGUAUGUGUUGAGGAAAGUCUUAAAAAAUUUAAUGUAGACUGGUCGAAAUUAGUCAGUGUUAGUACCGAUGGCAAUUCUGCACUGGUUAGUGUUGAACAACUUGUUACAGAACUUAAAUCUAAGGUGUCAGGGCUUUGCAAAGACACAGAGCUUAAGUCUGUGCACGGCCUCAUACUCCAGGAGUCACUUUGCACUAAAAAGUUAAAAAUGGAUCAUGUCAUGGACAUAGUAAUUCACACCAUAACCUGGAUACGUUCCCAUGGCUCAGACCACAGAGAGUUCAGUGCUUUGUUCAGUGAGUUAGAUGCACAGUAUGGAAGCUUGUUCUCCGUGGGACUUAAGUGGCUGAGUCGUGGCAUGGUGUUAAGGCGGUUUUUCGAACUGUUGGAAGAAAUUGAUUUUUUCAUGUCUUCUAAAGGAAAACCUGUUCCCCAGCUUACUAGCAAAGAUUGGGUCAAAGACUUAGUCUUUCUGGUUGACAUUAUGACUUACCUAAACAUGUUGGAUAUCUCCCUGCAAAGGCGUUCACAAGUGGUUACGCAGAUGUAUGACUCAAUUCACUCGUUUUUAAUGAAACUGUGUCUUUGGGAGACUCAUUUGGCAAGGAACAAUCUGGCCCACUUCCCCACGCUGAAAUUAGUUUCCGAAAAUGAAAGAGAUGGCCUGAACUAUAUUCCCAGAAUUAAAGAGUUGAAGACUGAGUUCCAAAAACGGUUCUCUGAUUUCAAACUUUAUGAAAGCGAGCUGACGUUGUUCAGUUCACCUUUCUCAGUUAAUAUUAACAACGUGAGCGAGGAGCUACAGAUGGAGGUUAUUGAACUACAGUGCAACACGAUACUGAAAACGAAAUACGACUGUGUCGGAAUCCCAGAAUUCUACAAACACCUUGGGAAUGGUUACCCUAAAUAUAAGAACCAUUGUGCAAAGAUUCUGUCCAUGUUUGGAAGUACCUACGUUUGUGAGCAGCUAUUUUCAGUUAUGAAACAACAGAAAACUACUAAGUAUUGCCCCCACUUAAAAGAUUCAGGGGUGACUUCCCUGCGGCAUGUCGCUGCACCAGAUACACACCCUGGCGUCGAAUGACACCUCGGGGCUUAAGAAAAGAAUGUCACGUUUUGGAUUUCAAAUCUAAGGAGUAAUACAUUAUGAGACUUUGAUUAUUUCGAUUUCCAAAUUGUUCACUGUCAAAUUUAAACCACAAUCUCUGGCAUCCUAUGUUUGUAUCUUAUCACGUAUAAAAUAAAGUUUGAUUAUACCUUG